UGUACCAUGACGCCGUGCGCAGCCAAGCUUGCUGAAGGCGCUUAAGCAUAAGUGACAGCGUCGUCUCCAGUGUCAAUUUGUUCCAUUUCAUAGUCUUCAUGUCUGAUCUCAUCAGAUUGAGGAUUUAUCGACUUGAAUCGAGGCUGGGUGACAUCUUAUGGUGGGGCCGCGCCUUUCAAUCUCUAAACUCUGUUACUCCUUGGCUCCGAGGUAAUAUUGAAAUCUUCACGAUAACACAAGAUGGCACUUCAAACUUUUAUUUCAAGUCUCAAAGACGAGAUUGAAGAUUCCGAAGAAGAAACAUUUCUCCUCUUCUCUCGCCCCAUUCCCUCACAUAAUCUCGGCUUCAUCGACCCAAAAGCCUCAUCAAUCGACGUCACAAUCUCUAAACGAGAUUAUACCAUUCAUCAAUCUCCAGGCCUCCUCUCAUCGAGCCGAGCUGGUGGAACAACGGGCGCAGUGUUGUGGAAGAUCACACCAUUGUUGGCGGAUUGGCUCCCAAAAUCCCCUCUAGCCUCUCUUCUCACAACCUCCUCGUCCGUCCUCGAGCUUGGCUGCGGCAUCACGCCCCUCAACGCCCUGGCCCUCUCCCCCUUGGUAGGCUCAUACGUCCUCUCGGACCAAGCCUACGUGCAGAAGAUAGUCGUCAAGAACUUGGCAGAGAACCUCCCUCGCAAGGGCAAGGCCCACCAGGCCCAUGUGGCAUUUAGAGAGCUGGAUUGGGAGACCGAUCAAGUAGUAAAGGCCACCAGCCCGACGGGCACGUUCGACAUGGUGCUUGCUUGCGACUGCAUCUACAACGAAUCGUUGGUGGCACCCCUGGUACAGACAUCAGCCGACGCGUGUGCUCUGAAAAGAGAAGACGGGGACGAGCCGUGCCUUUGUGUAGUCGCGCAGCAGAUGCGAAGCGAUGACGUUUUUCAGGCAUGGUUGACCGAGUUCCACAGGCGCUUUCGAGUCUGGAGACUGCCGGACGACAUGGCACCGGAAGGCUUACGGCCAGACGAUGGGUUCCUUAUACAUGUCGGCAUACUGAGAAGUUGAGGGAACGUCACAAGAAGCCUGCGCAUUGAACAGCCCUUCACAUCAUUGACGAGAGUGAUCACGAGUAUCAUACGACAUAACAUCUGUAGCUAUCCCCUCGACACAGUCUUGCUAAAGUAUAAAAGCGGUCCGCCAAGAAGC